CACCUUCAUCGAAACAAAACCACUACUCUGCAACUAACACUAACACUAACACCAUCACCUCCUAUUUCUUUUUCUUCUUCCAAUUGUAACAGUUAAUUUUCAGCUGAGUUGGACAAGUGUUUCUUCAGAUUCCAACAGUUUACAGAGGGUGUGGCAUUGUGGAUCCCCCUCCGUGCAAGCAGUCACCAGUUUUAAGACUGCGAAAACAGUUUAUGCUGAUCAAAUGGGUGUCACACCAUUCAAGCUGGACAUUGAUGAGUUAAUGCAUGAAUUCUCUGAUAGAAAAUCAACAACUUUGGUUGAUAUGUUGAACAUGUGGCGAUCUCAGAAGCUGUCUUUUAUUUACGAGGGUAGGCUUCGAAACAACGAGGCCUUUUUGAUGCAAUCAUUAUAUGCACAUCCAAUAGGUAAAAUGUUAUCUAAAGAUUCAUUUUCAUGGAGAUUGGGUGGAUUUUACUGUCUGUAUUGCCUUUAUGAAACCCAGCCAUUCAAGCCUCCUUUUAGGAUAUACUUGUCUCUAGGUAUUUCCUCUAGGGAGUUCCACAGCCUCAAACGGCUUGUGGUUGACGCAAAGAAACAGGUCAUUUUUGCUGUACCUGCUUUGGUCAAAAAGAUGCUAGACAAAAAUACCUUUCUGUUUGGUUUUGUUGAGAUAAACGAGAGUUCGGUAAAUGGUAGACUUAAAGUGAUCAAUGAUCUUCAGAAUACCCGCACGCAAGUUGCAAAUAAAACGUUAUUGACAAAUACACCAAUCGAGCGGUUUCUGCACAUGGAUUUGUGUAUGGAACUUGACCUGAAAGUGCUGAAAAAAAUGUUAACAGAGUGUUCAGCUGCUAAGGAACUGGACAUCUAGGAAUUUGACUCACAAUCUCCAGAGUGCAACUAAAUUUGUUCGUACACAGUUGAAGUUGCUCAUCAAACCACACCAUAUCAUCUCUGGUGUUUAUGCUAGUGAUGUAAGUUUAUGACAAAGAGCUGGCAUCACGUCUUCCACUUAUUUCUGGAUUUGGGGUGCUUUGAAUCUUAAAACCAGUGGGGUGGGAUUAGUUGCUGCUGUGGGUGAUUCAGUCGAUCAUUUAAAAAUAGGGAGUCCAGUUGUAAUUAUGACCUUUUGAAGCUAUUCAGAAUUCACGGAAGUUCCUGCAAAACGCGUACUACCUGUGGCUAGACCAGAUCCUGAGGUUGUGGCAAUGCUUACUUCUAGACUUACUGCAUCAAUUGCCUUGGAGAAGUCAGCACAUAUGGAAUCUGGAAAGGUGGUUCUUGUUACUGCCGCUGCAGGAGGGACAGGCCAGGUUGCAGUACAGCUUCAAAAUUAGCUGGAAAUAUGGUGGUCGCUACAUGUGACGUUGAGAAAAAAAACUUCACUUUUGAAAGAUUUAGGGGUUCCUCGUGUCAUAGAUUACAGAAGCAAAAAUAUGUGUUAUUACUAAUCUCGAACUUCUUGCUGACCAUUUCAGUUGGGACAGUAUGUUCAAGUUAGAACUACUGGUUAGUAAAUACACCUUCUCAUUAUUUCAACCUUUGUUUGUUUUGCUUUACUUUCUUGGUCCUUGAGAAGGAAUUUCCCAAAGGUGCUGAUAUGUCUAUGAAUCUGUUGGUGGCGAAAUGUUUUACCUGUGCUUCAAUGCAUCGGCGGUCUAUGGGCGGCGCGUCGUCGUUGGAAUGAUUUCUCAGUAUCAAGGAGAACAUGGAUGGCAGCCUUCGAAUUAUACUGGACUCUAUGACAAGAUACUUGCGAAGAACCAAACUAGUAGUGCGAAAUCAGUAUCUACCUUUUCCUAUUAUUGCAGUUUAUGUGUUUCAUGAUGUCAGGUUACUACUCAAUAUACCUCACUGGUUGUUAGCAUUGACCCAAACUUCUCCCAGCAAGUGGUGAAGCUAUGAAAUCACAAUGCUAGACAAAUCUUUGGAAAGCUAUGAAAUCAUUUAAUGUUGUGCAUAUUGGAUGCUACGGAACUCUUUUGGAGAAAAAGUGUGUGAGCUUCAGAGAUUGAGAGCAAGAUGUAGCUUGUACUAAAAAUAAAGGAGCGAAAGAAUUAUAAAUCAUAUCUAAACUGUGUCGAUAAAUUUUGCCUAUCAAUACAAGAAUAUCCUGUUUCAUGCUGUAUGUAAUUAGUAAAUAAUAAUACCAAACUCCGUUAGUGAAA